AGGGAUUGUACAACACCUACAAAAUGGACAACUGUUACGUGACAUAUAUAUAAAGAAGCAUAACUUGUUACCAAUUGAUUGGACAAAUAAACAUCUGUAUUUGGAGACCACUGGAAAGAGUCGGACUCUACAAAGUGGACUAGCAUUGCUCUAUUCUUUUCUGCCAGACUUUGAUUGGAAGAAAAUUAAUUUUAGGAACCAAUGGAGCACAAUUUUUUGUUCUGGACACUGUGAAUGCCAGAGAAGAAACCAUUACUUGGAGGAAGAGCAACGUCGCCAGUAUAGUCUCAGAGUGAAAAAAAUAGAUUUGGAAAAGACAUAUGCAGAUAUGGCCAGAAUAGUUGGCAUUCCCACCCGGCAGUUAAGAGCUUCUAAUCCCAUUGAUUCUAUGUUGUGCCACUUCUGCCAUAAUGCUAGCUUUCCCUGUACUAAGAAUGGUUGCAUAGACAUCGAGCACUUUAAAGUAAUCAAGAAACAUCAACUUGAAGAUGAAAAGGAGAGGCAAAAAAAGAAAUACUAUUACUUGUAUGCACUACUAGCAACUCAUCCAAUCCUGAACCAAACAGUCAAUCGGAUGCUAAGGAUUGCAGAAGGCAAGAAAGAAGAAUUAUUUGUGCUUUACUCUGCUCAUGAUGUUACGUUGUCACCUGUUCUUAGUGCCUUAGGCAUCACUGGGGCCAAGUUUCCAAGGUUUGCUGCUAGACUAGUCUUUGAGUUAUGGAAAGAUGAAAAAAAAUAUAACGAAAACUUUAUUCGUAUCCUUUACAAUGGGGUUGAUGUUACAUUCCAAACUUCCUUCUGCCGGGAUCUUAACAAGCAUUUUGGCAUGAUAAUGUGUCCUUUAGAGAAAUUUGUCCAUUUUGUUAAGCAGGACAUGUUUUCACCUUUUAAUACCACUAGUUACUAUGAUGCAUGUCGGAGAAGACCGUUCUAAACGGAAGAGGAAUAAAGUAUUUCAUUUUGCAUUGUUAAAAGUUUGUCUUUGAGGAAGUUUGAUAUUGUCAAAGUCUCGUAUGCCUAAGUGCAAAUGCAUAUAGCUUGAAAUUAUUUUAAUUUUGCCAAAAUUCAUUCUAGAUUAAUUUAAAAUGCCAUAUCCCACUAUUAACCCAGCAGUAUAAAAGCUAUUUUCUUUAUGAUCAACAUGAUUUGUUGCAUAAUUGAUGUAAAACAGAUAUUACUUGAGUAACUAAAUGCAUAUAUUCUGAUUACUUAGUAUUCUACUGCAAAGAUUUAAACAUGAAAGCAAAUAUUAAUAACCCCAGUAGAUGUCAAAGCAGAAAGUAUUUCUUCAUUUCACCAGCCCGUACUUAUAAUCUGUUAUUUUUAAAGAGUUAAAAAAAAAGCAGCCAUUAGAAAAAAGAAAAAGGUGUUUGAUUCAAAUGUUCUUUGCACAUCAGGUUCUGGAUACACUUGAUCUUAAGCUAUGUGUUUCACUUACACUAUAGAUUGAGUAAAGAUUGUUCAAGAUGGGGCAGUAUUAUUUCAAAGCUACUCUAUUGAACAUGUGGACAAUCUCAAUGCCUGUAAUCAGUGACUUGUUGAGGAACACCAGCAUUGUUAAAAAUAUCUUGUACAUGACCAAUGUGGAUCAACUUACACAGAAGCUACAUAAGACUCCAUUUACAAUAUUGCAGCCGCCUUCUAGAAUCCCAAACAUAUGGAAGCAAUUUUCGUUAGAAAUCAUCAUGCCAUAUACAAAACAACCCGCAGAUUAUAUUGAAAGAAAAACACUGUUUUUGCACUUUUAGCACUUUAUGUGUACUUUGAACACUAAUUACAAGUUGUGCCAGAUGCUAGAAAAGGAUUCAAAAGAAAAUAUAGAGGGGAUAGACAUGGAGAAAAAAGUUUUUACAUCUUUAUUCCACUUCUUUAGAAUCUAUAUGUUGAAAUAAUUUAUGCUGUAAAAAACAACAAUGUGUUUACCAUUUGGCUGCAUAUGACCAAAAGACAACUUAACACAAUGCUUAAUUUUGUAGUCCCAUUAGUACUUUUAUAGACUAGGGAAUACAUUUUAUAAAGUAAAACACCUUUUUUACAUUAUAGUGACAUAACUGUUUUCUACUUUCUUUGUAAAAGAAUGACAAAACUAGUGUUUCAAACUAUCUUUUACUCUAGGUACUUAGAUCCAUGCAGAAAAAUCUUAUGAAUAAUCUAACUUGAGAAAUUCAUAAUGCGAAAAUGAACAAUUCCAUUUCAAAAUGUUUUCAUCAUACAGUACAAUGUUUUUUAAAACUAUAGUAAUGCUACAUUUUGUAUUUUAAGUAGCUUGUAUAUACCCAGAAUCAUAAUUUAGUGUAUGUUUUAAGAUAAAAUGGUGCUAGCAGUUAAAACUGUGAUUUCUAUUCAAGCUUUACCCGCUUUUUGGCAUCAUUUUGACGAUCCGUUUAGAUGUUUCUAUAAAUAAAAUUUUGAAGAAUU